AGAUCCUGCACACCAUCAUCUGUAGUAGCACAGACUGAAGCUCUACUCUCCGAGACAGACCGACUCCUCAAAAGGUCUCGAUCCAACAAGUCCCUCAGAAGGUCUUAUAGCCGUUCAAUGUCAGCAGCAGCACUGCAUAAACUGUCAGAGGUAGCAGCAGACCUCUAGAAGAGCAUACCACAGCACACCUAGCAGGAGAGAGGUUGGAAGCUGAACAGGCAGAAAGAAUGAAGCUAGAAAAGGAAUUAGACAGGCUGCAGACGGAUGUUAGGCGCAUGACAACAGAGAAUGGUAAGCUCGAGAUGGAAAAACUAGCACUCCGCACAGAAGUCCUCUCAGCAGCGGAUCUCAAUGGAGAUGCAGAUGAUGACGAUUACGGCGAAGAGGCCUCACUCUACAAGCGAAAGUAUGAGUGGUGCCUUCGAGAGAUUGAGGUCCUGAAGAAACAAUUGAAGCAGCAACAGGAGGAUGAUUAUGAUCAGCUUGUCCUAAUGAAGAAACAGCUGGAGAAAAAGGUGGCAGAUGCAUAUGAGGAAACAGACGAACAACGACAAGUGGUGGCACAGAUGAAGCGGAAGUGCCAACGACUCCAAGCAGAAAUGAAUGACCUGAAAAUACUGCUGGAGGAACAGACUUCGCGUAAUAAUCUCCUGGAAAAGAAGCAGAGAAAGUUUGACCAAGAGAUGAUGGCAGUUCAAGAGGAGCUGCGAGGGGAAAGAUCCAACAAGGAGAAGAUCCAGAGGGAAAGAGACCAGAUCCUCUCCCAGAAGUAUUCGUUCGAGCAAGAAGUAUCGGUGAGUAUUUGCAUUCAGUCUCGAGUAUCUACGAUAGGGGAUGGUUGCAUAUUUGGUAAGGGAUUGUUGUAUAUUUAAGUAGAGGAUUGCUGU